UUCUGCAGGCACAUUUUGCAAUUAAUAAAUGGAGAAGAAUCUCACCACCCCAGUAACAGAAUUUGUCCUCUUGGGUCUCACUCAGAAUCCUGAGCUGCAGCUAUUCCUCUUUGUGGUUUUCUUCAUCAUCUAUGUGAACACUUGGCUGGGAAACUUCACCAUCAUCACCACCAUGAUCACCGACCACCAGCUCGACACCCCCAUGUACUUCCUGCUGGCCAACUUGGCUUUCUUGGAUGUCAAUGAAUCAUCAGUAAAUGCUCCAAAAUUGCUCUCAGGUCUCCUCACCCAGAGUAAAACCAUCUCAUUCAAUGAGUGCAUCCUUCAGAUAUUCUUCUUCCACUUCAUUACUGGUGCUAUGGUCUUUUUACCUGUGGUGAUGGCUGCCGAUAGGUACGUAGCCAUCUCUAAACCACUGAGAUACAUGACUAUCAUGAACAGGGGUGUGUGUGUGGUGUUAGUGUUAAAUGCAUGGCUGGGUGGAUUGGUUCACUCUGCUGUUCAGCUUGUACUGCUCCUCCAGUUGCUGUUCUGUGGUCCAAAUGUCCUGGACAAUUUCUACUGUGAUAUCCCACAAGUCAUCAAACUGGCCUGCACUGAAACUCACUUGUUUGAAUGGCAGAUGGUCUUCAAUGCUGGAGUGCUGCUCAUACUAGUAUUCAUCAUUCUGCUGAUUUCCUACGCUGUCAUCUUAGUCAAGAUCAGGACACAUGUCAUGGAAGGGAAGCGUAAGUCUCUGUCCACCUGUGGAACCCAAAUUAUCGUGGUGUGUUUACAGUUCAUAUCUAGCAUCUUCAUCUAUGCUCGGCCCUUCAAGCAGUUCACGCUGGACAAGGUGAUAUCUGUCAUUUACACUGUAAUCACCCCAGUGCUGAACUUGAUGAUCUACACGUUGAGAAACACUGAGAUGAAGAAGGCCAUCAAGAGACUGAUGAGGAGAAUGCUCUUCUCAGGGAGGGAAAGAGAGACAUAA